CCUAGGAUUUUGAAGUAGAAGCAAAAUAUAUAGUUGUUGAUCGUGAGCGAGCAUCGAACAGAAGAAGCUAGAUAUAGAUAUAGACAUAGAUAGAAUGGGAGCGAGCAACCAGGUGAUAGGGUUCCUCAACUUGCUUACAUUCUUGGUGUCGAUUCCGGUGCUGGGCGGCGGCAUAUGGCUGAGCAUCCGCGCCAGCAACACCGACUGCAUGAAGUUCCUCCAGUGGCCCCUCCUCCUGAUUGGCGGGGCCAUCAUGGCCGUCUCCCUGGCGGGCUUCGCGGGAGCAUGCUACCGCAACACCUUCCUCAUGUACCUUUACCUCUGGGCCAUGUUCUUCAUCAUUGCCUCCCUCUUAAUCUUCGUCAUCUUCGCCUACUCCGUCACCCAGCGCGGCUCCGCCCGCCCUGUCAUCAACCGGGUAUACCUUGAUUACUCGCUCCAAGACUACUCCGGCACCUGGCUCGCUGACCGCGUCGCCAGCCCCAACUACUGGGGGAAGAUUGCUGCCUGCAUCAGGGACUCUCGCAUCUGCCGGAAGCUAGGGAGGACCGCCACCGGGGCAGCCGACUCUGCUCAGCUCUUUUAUCUCAAGAAACUGACCCCUAUUCAGUCCGGAUGUUGCAAGCCUCCCACCUCAUGUGGCUACACUUACAUGAAUGCAACAUUUUGGGUUUCCGAAGGGGAUCAGACCGGGGGCGACGCUGACUGCUUGCGAUGGAGCAACGAUCAAUGGCAACUGUGCUAUGGAUGCGACUCAUGCAAAGCCGGAGUUUUGGCGAGUCUGAAGAAAAGCUGGAGGAAGGUCUCGGUUAUCAACAUUGUCAUAUUGAUCAUCCUCGUAGUGCUCUAUGUCGUUGCUUGUGCAGCAGUCAGGCACAACAAACAACUCGACAAUGACGAGGCUUAUGGCGAAACCCGGAUGAUAAAAUCGCACCCUACUUGGUUCUACUAAGAGGCCAACAUAAUAUGAUAUGAUAAAUCCAUAUAUAUCGUAGUGUGCAAUAACAAGACCUGAUGCUUUAAUUGUGUUCUAAGUACUAUUUGUGGGUAAAUUUGUAUGGAACAUAUAUAUAUUUUAAGAAAACUAAAGAAAAUAAUUAUAUA